GACGUACAUAAGGCGGGCGCAGGGCGCCCCCCCAGUCACUUCGCGCGUUAGGAGGCUCGGGUCGUUUUGCUGUGCCGUCUUCCCGCCUGCGCCAGGGACCUGCCCGACUCAGUGGCCGCCAUGGCAUCAGAUGAGGGCAAGCUUUUCGUCGGAGGGCUGAGUUUUGACACCAACGAGCAGUCACUGGAGCAGGUCUUCUCAAAAUAUGGACAGAUCUCAGAAGUGGUGGUCGUGAAGGACAGGGAGACCCAGCGAUCGAGGGGCUUUGGGUUUGUCACCUUUGAGAACAUCGAUGAUGCCAAGGACGCCAUGAUGGCCAUGAACGGGAAGUCUGUGGAUGGGCGGCAGAUCCGGGUCGACCAGGCUGGCAAGUCGUCUGAUAACCGAUCCCGCGGGUACCGAGGUGGCUCUGCCGGGGGCCGGGGCUUCUUCCGCGGGGGCCGAGGCCGGGGCCGUGGGUUCUCCAGAGGAGGAGGGGACCGCGGCUACGGGGGGAGCCGGUUCGAGUCCAGGAGUGGGGGCUAUGGAGGCUCCAGAGACUACUACAGCAGCCGGAGUCAGGGUGGCAGCUGCGGUGACCGAAGCUCGGGCGGGUCCUACAGAGACAGCUACGACAGUUACGCUACACACAACGAGUAAAAAUCCUUCCUGCUCGAGAUCGUCCUUCCAAUGGCCGUAUAUUUAAAGAUUUUGGGAGCUCCGCUGAAUCGUUAAUGUGUAGUGAUCACACCUCCUUGUACCCACUUUUGUAGUCUUAUUGGUUCUGAUCUUGUCAAACACAGCCUGACUGCUUCUGGCCCUCAGAUGGCCUCGUUACUACACUUUGCUUUUUAAGGAAGCGCUGUCCGUUUUUAAGAGUCUUAAAAACGUUUUGAAGAGCACUUCCAGUUUUACUUUUACCUUUUUACCGUGAGCCAAGAGUUUUUUUUUUUUAGAAAAUCACCAGGGGUUGUGAGAGUUUUGUUUUUUGUUUUCGGUUGUGUUGCUUUUUUUCUUUUUCUUUUCAGUGGGGUCAGCCCCGUGAAGUUGGGUGCCCCGAGUCACUUCUCUUUGAGAUUGAACAGACUCUGAAUCUGCUCUUUGUCGGAAGCUGAGCAAGUUGUAGCUUUUUUCCAACUCGGUGUCACGUUUCUGAGUGUAGCGUGGUAGAACCGUGCGGGUGGCAGCAGAGCACCCGGGCUGCCCUGGCCCGGCCCGGGCGCCCACCUGUCCUGUGGGACCCACAGUAGACUUGCAGACAUCCCCGAGAGGUUCUUGAAAAUGUGUAUUUAUAUUGUCCUUUUUUGCCGGAAGACGUACGCAUAUCCCGUCAAUGUUGUAUCUGAAGUGGUGAAGGAAUUCUUGUACGCAGUUUUCUUUGGCUUCACGAAGCCGAUUAAAAGACCAUCUGAAUGAACCUCGCUCUGACCAUCUCCCUUUGAUUGCACCACACGCGCCCUGCAGGGGCUCGAGGCAGGCAGACCUGAGCAGAGAGGGCAGCUAGAGAACUAGGUCCGCAGUCCCGCCCGAGGCUGCCACAGCUAGAGGAGAAAGGCAGGGUCAGUGACGCUGGCUGGGCCCCUGUGACAGCUGACGGCCACCGGCCCCGGUUAGGCAAGCAGGUGGGUGACGGGAGCGGGCUCUCGGACCGCAGGGCAGCCCCGGGGCGCUUCUGGCCAUGGCAGCCGGAAGGCUCGAUGGGCGGGCAGCCUAGCAGGGACGGUGGACACGCGGGCGCCCGACGCUGACCCUGAACCCCUUAGUCUAGAAGCAGGCCAGAGAGCAGACACAGGCAGGGUCCCCGGGUGACCACAGACUGACCGGCUCAUUAGCUAGCUCUGCUGUUGCUUUACAAGUUCUGAGCGUUCUCUGCUAGCCUAUGGAAGCUGCAGCCCCUCGGAGGACAGAAGUGUUGUGCGCCCAACAGAAACCUCUGAGACGCAAGCUGCUCCCUGGGCUAGCUCAUAUGUGGAGAUAGUCCUGUAAUUCGAGGUAACUCCUUUUGCUCGUCCGCAUCCCUCCUCUUGUUGAGAGCUCAUUUGAAAGUAAAGUCGUGUACCCGGGGAAUGUUCCUUUGACUUUUUUGCUUUUCGAUUUUUCUUUUU